AUGGCGUCUAAUCAUUCACAAGUACACCAACAAUCUUCAACACAUAUGAUGAAAACAACAAGGUCUGGAAGACCUUUUGUAAAGGAUAUACAUGAUUUGUAUUCUACACUGGUCGUUUCAUUGCCAAUGGAAUCGCAUCGAUAUUUAUUUCGAAAUUACUCUAAUUCAUUCACAACAGAGGAAGCUAUUGCUAACCUUGGUUCUUUGAAAUUUACUCAAUCACAUCGGACUCCUGAUCCGAAAGACCCUUCACGCAUCAUAACGACCACUACUACUACUACUUUCAGCAUGACAAAAGAAAUGGCAAAAAGUGUGUGCCAAACUUUUAUGGACUCUAAGUUGUUCGUAAACCUUGCGGAUUCAAGCAGUCGGUCCUUCAAAGACAGAAAUGUAUAUGGUCUUACUCCAAAAGGUCUAUAUAUUUUGGAGCGUUUUGUCGCUAGAAAUGGAAUCACCGCUCCACAUUUAACAAAAUUAUUUGCUUCACAAACUUUACCGAUAAAACUAUAUUAUGUCGAGCGAAGUUUGGAUAAUGAUUCUAUUAUCUUAAAUAAGCAAAAUGUUGAGUUAAUUUUCAAAAAGUUAGUUGGUACUAGACCAAAUGACGUUACAAACUAUGAUACGGAAUACACCAAGGAAUCUGCUUCCGAUUCAGGUUCUUGCUCAUCCACCGAAAAGGGUGAUCGCAGCCUUGGAAUUGAGAUAAAAGAUAGACUAUUUAAUCAUAGAUUGUAUCAUCAUACUUUUUCUGGUUUUGCCGCUGCUGAAUGGUUAUGCGAUUUUACGACUUUGAUUACCAAGGAGGAAGCCGUGAAAAUUGGUUCGGAAUUUAUGCGUUAUGGUCUCAUAGAAUGCGUCUCGGAAAAAAUUAAUGAUGACAAAAAGAAACAAAAUGCUUUUAGAUAUUCUAAAUCUACGUAUUAUCAAAUUACUGAUCAUGGACGACGGAUAGCAUCAUGGGAUUAUGAUGUUCUUAGCAAUUCUAAUCCUCAAUAUUUAUAUAAUGGUACAAAUUCUCUUAAAAUCGGGAAAAACAAGAGUACUACCAAUCUUUCUCAGCAAAAUGGUUUAAAUACAAACGAGUUAAACGGCGGUUCUUCUCAAAAUUCUUCUAAUGAUAUUAAACCACAUCGUAGUUCUGUUAACGACAAAGAUGGGCAUGCCUAUUCUACUACCAAGGAAUCUAAUACAAAAAAACUUCAACAAAUAUUGGAUGACCCUUCUUUACGUUCCUUAUUUAUGGAAUUUUCGAAGGCCAAUUUUUGUGAAGAAAAUUUAUUGUUCCUUAUGGAUGUUAAGGAAUUCAAAACAAAAUACAAUACAAGCAUAAAUGAGGAUAGUAAACAAGAAGCUCUUAUCGAUGAUGCCUUCCGAAUUUAUAGUACUUACCUAACUCCUCAAUCACCUCAUGAGUUGAACAUUGAUUUUGGUUUAAAACAGCACAUGAUUCAAUACAUGACAAUGAUAGCUAACGAGAACUCAUCAUCUAAUAAAAUAACUGGUAAUUUGUAUGAUAAAAUUCAGGAUACAAUUUUCAGGCUCAUGGCUACGGAUUCUGUACCAAAGUUUAUUAAAACUGAAAAAUAUUUAAUGUCCGCUUCUGUACGUAGGGCUGAUAGUGGUUCUGUAGAGGAUUCCAACAACAUCGUAUCUCAUAGACAUAAUUCUUCAUUUUCGAGUUGCGAGGGUAAUAAAUGA